AUGAUGUAUGCGGACCACCAGAGAACAGUCACCGAGUACUGGACAUCGAAGUUCGAAUACUACGCACCUGUCUACGAAACCGACAAAGCCAGAUGUUCGCCAAGUGGAGAAGUGCGGGUCGAAGGGAAACUUUUGUUCUCAGUACUUGGAGGACCGCCUGUGGAGGAGAAUAGUGGGCAGAUGUGCACACUCCUCUACUUGCUCUCUUCCCUGGUUAUGGUCAUUUCUGAGGAGCUGAUACUUGUGCAAACGAAAGGUCUAGAUCAAGCACACAAAUUGGGGCUGAGCUUGAGGCGACGAUAUGUUGACAAUGGAUUUCUGGAUGCUCGUUAUCUUCCAUCUGAGGUGGUAUUCCGUAGUAGCGCCGUAGAGAGAUGCCUUAUGACGGCCUCCGCCACUGCUUCGUCUAUGUUCAACCUGACCGAAAACGGCCAUCCGACGGCUGUUCCUAUAUUUACCGUGCCAAAAGAGAAAGAUGACAUCUGCAGAGCACGAAUUCAGUGUCCUUUCGUUGUCGACGAAAUGAAACAAAUAACAGAUAUCACUGAUCAGUCUGUAGAUUUGCAACGCAUCCUAGACGAGCUGUUUGCUCAAGAAGCAAAGCGUCUUAACUUCACACAUAUAGUCGAAAGGGAUCGCAUACGUCAAUUCGAGCCGAUCUUUUUCGAGCACGACUCCGGUCUAGCGGUUCCACAGUGGUUCAAUGACGAUGCGAGGAAAGAGGCUAAUCAUUUGCUUGAUUUGACAAUUGAGUUUAUAAGCGGUACAGGAAGAUUUCACAGCCCGAAAUGGAUCUUGACACGAUCUGGAAAAUUACUCUAUACCAUUCUAAACAAUCAACGAAAGGCUGUUGAGGAUGCAUUAAAUGGCACGAAAUUUUUUGGUUUUACCACGCACGACGUACUCAUUUCUCCCUUGUUAGAUUCUAUGGGAGUGCUAAACGUGGCCCUAGCUCCAAAAGGAAGACCAGAUUUUGUGGCAACUGUUGUCUUCGAGUUGUGGAAAAACGACACCCAACAUUACGUUAAGGUGCUUUAUCGACGAAACACGGAAAGCAACGAAUUUACCAACCUUACUCCUAUGAUAAAAAGCUGUGGAGGUGGAAACGCUUGCGAAAUUAAGGUGUUCGAGGAGGCGGUUAGAACUUUUCAAACAGAGCAUCCUGAAGUUCUUUGCAAUAAACUGAACAUUAAACAGGAUUCCGACAGAAAUAGUGGGAUUCCAGGUGAGCAUCUAUUAGGUUUGAUUUACGGGAAACCGAUGAAAAUCGGCUAUCAUUUGAUCCUGGCUAGUAGCUUGUAG